GUUGAGCAAAGGAAAGAAGGGAAGAGUGAGCGGAGAGGCAAAGGCGAGGGAGAGAGCUCUUCAGAUCUUCAGCUCUGGAUUUUCAUCCAUUCUUGCUGAGAAAGGAGAGAUCUUUCCCUUUAGGGCAUAUAUUUUGAUGUUGUUUUGAAGAUUUUGGUGGGAUUGUGGGAAAUUUGGGAGAAAAAGUAUAGUUUUUGGAGGUCAUGGAGGCGAAUGCGGGGAUGGUUGCGGGAUCUCACAAGAGGAACGAGCUGGUGUUGAUUCGCCACGAAGGGGAUGGUGGGCCAAAACCGCUGAAAAACAUGAAUGGCCAGAUCUGUCAGAUUUGUGGUGAUACUGUUGGGCUUACUGCCACAGGAGAUGUUUUUGUAGCUUGCAAUGAGUGUGCUUUCCCUGUUUGUCGGCCUUGCUAUGAGUAUGAGAGGAAAGAUGGUAAUCAGUCUUGCCCUCAGUGCAAGACUAGGUAUAAGAGACAUAAAGGGAGUCCUAGGGUCGAUGGGGAUGAUGAUGAGGAAGAUACUGAUGACCUCGAUAAUGAAUUCAGUCAUGAAGGCAAUGGCAAGGCUGCACGCAAGUGGCAAUCCCAAGGCCUUGGGGAAGAUGUUGAUUUGUCUUCAUCUUCUAGGCAUGAAUCUCACAGAAUACCGCGUCUGACAAAUGGGCCUCAGGUUUCUGGUGAAAUACCUGAUGCUAGUCCUGAUCGUCAGUCUAUUCGCAGUCAGUCAGGUCCUUUAGGUUCUGGUGAGAGGCGUGGCCAUUCACUCUCUUAUGUCGAUCCCAGCCAACCAGUUCCUGUGAGAAUAGUAGAUCCCUCAAAGGACUUGAACACAUAUGGCCUUGGAAGUGUUGACUGGAAGGAAAGAGUUGAAGGUUGGAAACUUAAGCAGGAAAAGAACAUGGUGCAGGUGACCAACAAAUAUACUGAUGGGAAAGGAGAUGCAGAAGGAACAGGUUCAAAUGGAGAAGAUCUGCAAAUGUCUGAUGAUGCUCGCCAACCUUUGAAUCGCACAGUGCCUAUUCCUUCUAACCAACUUAACCUUUACCGAGUGGUGAUCAUCCUUCGGCUUAUCAUUCUGUGUUUCUUCUUCCAGUACCGUGUCACUCAUCCAGUUUCAGAUGCCUACCCUCUGUGGCUAACAUCUGUCAUAUGUGAGAUAUGGUUUGCUUUGUCUUGGCUCCUGGAUCAGUUCCCAAAGUGGUAUCCAAUCAACCGUGAAACGUAUCUUGAGAGGCUUGCAUUGAGGUAUGACAGAGAAGGAGAACCUUCACAGCUAGCUCCUAUUGAUAUCUUUGUCAGUACUGUGGAUCCUCUCAAAGAACCUCCCCUAAUCACUGCCAACACUGUACUGUCUAUUCUUUCUGUGGACUACCCAGUUGAUAAAGUCUCAUGCUAUGUUUCUGAUGAUGGGUCAGCAAUGCUGACAUUUGAAGCCCUAUGUGAGACUUCUGAAUUUGCUAGAAAGUGGGUCCCUUUCUGCAAGAAACAUAAUAUUGAACCUAGGGCUCCAGAGUUUUAUUUUGCUCAGAAAAUAGAUUACUUGAAGGACAAAAUCCAGCCCUCUUUUGUGAAAGAGCGGCGUGCAAUGAAGAGGGAGUAUGAAGAGUUCAAAGUACGAAUAAAUGCACUUGUUGCCAAAGCACAAAAAAUGCCAGAAGAAGGUUGGACCAUGCAGGACGGCACUCCUUGGCCUGGAAACAACCCAAGAGACCACCCUGGCAUGAUUCAGGUUUUCUUGGGGAACAGCGGAGGGCUGGAUGUUGAUGGCAAUGAACUUCCUCGGCUUGUUUAUGUUUCUCGUGAGAAAAGACCAGGUUUCCAGCAUCACAAGAAAGCCGGUGCAAUGAAUGCUUUGAUUCGUGUAUCUGCUGUCUUAACCAACGGCGCCUAUCUUCUGAAUGUGGAUUGUGAUCAUUAUUUCAAUAACAGCAAAGCUCUUCGGGAAGCAAUGUGUUUCAUGAUGGAUCCAGCCCUUGGAAAAAAGACAUGUUAUGUUCAGUUUCCACAGAGAUUUGAUGGCAUUGACUUGCAUGAUCGAUAUGCCAAUCGCAAUAUUGUCUUUUUUGAUAUCAACUUGAAAGGUUUGGAUGGCAUCCAAGGCCCUGUGUACGUGGGAACAGGUUGCUGUUUCAAUAGGCAAGCCCUUUACGGAUAUGAUCCUGUCUUGACUGAGGCCGACUUGGAACCAAACAUAGUUUUUAAGAGCUGUUGUGGAUCAAGAAAGAGGGGGAAAAAGGGGAGCAAGGAGUACAUUGACAAGAAACGGGCUGUUAAGAGAACUGAAUCCACAAUUCCUAUCUUCAAUAUGGAAGACAUUGAAGAGGGUGUAGAGGGGUACGAGGAUGAAAGGUCACUGCUUAUGUCUCAGAGGAGUUUAGAAAAACGAUUUGGUCAGUCUCCCAUUUUCAUUGCAUCAACCUUCAUGGAACAGGGAGGCAUACCACCAUCAACAAAUCCCUCUUCCCUGCUGAAAGAGGCCAUCCAUGUUAUUAGCUGCGGGUAUGAGGAUAAAACUGAGUGGGGAAAAGAGAUUGGUUGGAUUUACGGUUCCGUUACUGAAGAUAUCUUGACUGGAUUUAAAAUGCAUGCUCGAGGUUGGAUAUCGAUCUAUUGCAUGCCACCUCGUCCUGCUUUCAAGGGUUCUGCCCCAAUCAAUCUUUCUGAUCGUCUUAACCAAGUGCUUCGAUGGGCCUUGGGAUCAAUUGAGAUCUUGCUCAGUAGGCAUUGUCCCAUUUGGUAUGGCUACAGUGGGAGGCUAAAGCUGCUUGAGAGGCUUGCUUACAUCAACACCAUUGUGUAUCCCCUUACAUCUAUUCCGCUGGUUGCCUACUGUGUUCUUCCAGCCAUAUGUCUUCUCACUGGAAAAUUCAUUAUCCCAGAGAUAAGCAACUAUGCUGGCAUAUGGUUUAUUCUGCUCUUUGCAUCUAUCUUUGCAACUGGAAUUUUGGAGCUCCGAUGGAGUGGUGUGGGUAUUGAUGACUGGUGGAGGAAUGAGCAGUUCUGGGUGAUUGGUGGCACAUCCGCCCAUCUCUUCGCCGUGUUCCAAGGACUGCUAAAGGUGCUUGCAGGAAUUGAUACCAAUUUCACUGUGACAUCAAAGGCAUCAGAUGAAGAUGGAGAUUUCGCAGAGCUCUAUGUGUUCAAAUGGACAUCUCUUCUCAUUCCUCCAACCACUGUGCUUGUGAUCAACAUAGUAGGGAUAGUUGCAGGUGUGUCCUAUGCUAUCAACAGUGGCUACCAGUCUUGGGGGCCACUUUUUGGCAAGCUCUUCUUCGCUAUAUGGGUGAUUGUCCAUCUCUAUCCAUUCCUCAAAGGUCUCCUGGGCAGACAGAACAGGACUCCGACUAUCGUCAUUGUCUGGUCUCUCCUUAUUGCCUCCAUCUUCUCGUUGUUGUGGGUGCGCAUUGAUCCGUUCACCGGUCCAUCUCAGAAGGCAGCUGCAGCCGGACAAUGCGGUAUCAACUGUUAAUUCUUUUCAAACAUAUACAUAUUUCUGGAGGAGAAGAACAAGUUCAUGCAUCUGCAAUCAUCUUGUAAAUACCAAAGUAGCAACUAUUUAUUAGCAGCGGAGGAAUUCAAGCAGUGGACCUUUUUUCUUCAGUUAUCAUUCACUCAUUUCAUGUUACAUUUUCUUUCCAUGUGGUGGACAGUGACUUUUGUUAUAAGUUAUAAAAGAUAUUUUGUAAGAACAUCAUGAUGUUGAAGUUAUUAUUUAUGAGAGAGUGCGAAUGUUUGUUGUCUUUGAA